CCUGUGUUUAGCAGCUGUUUAUGGCGAAUGGUGAACAUCGUGUUUUUAUUUUGACUUUUAUUCUUGAUACGCACUUUAUUAAUAAAUUCCUCUUAUAAACAAAAUAUAAUCAUGAAAGUUAAGAUGAUAAGUAGAAAUCCGGAUCAAUAUGUCCGCGAAACCAAAUUACAGAAUCACAGAAUGCCAAGGAAUUUCGAUCCUGAAUUGCAUCCUAUGGAAACAGCACGAGAAUAUGUUCGAGCGUUAAAUGCCACCAAGCUAGAACGUGUAUUUGCAAAACCUUUUGUCGGUAAUUUAAGUGGUCAUCGAGAUGGUGUUGCAUGCUUCGGAAAGCAUCCAAAGCAUCUUUCUACACUUGUCACUGGCGCUUAUGACGGCGAGAUUCGUAUUUGGGAUUUAGCGAAUCGUACUAGUAUACGAAAUUUCGUAGCACAUGAUGGUUUUGUACGUGGUGUUGUUUACGCGACAAAUGGUGAUCGGUUUUUCACAGUCGGUGAUGACAAAACUAUUAAAGUGUGGAAGAACGAAAUGCCAGAUGUGGAUGAAGAGGAAGAACCAGUAAACACCAUUUUAUCUCGCACAAUUCUUACUGGCAUUUCACAUCAUCGGAAUGAGUCGAUUUACGCUACAUGUGGAGAGGUUUGUGCUAUCUGGGAUGAAAAUCGAAAUGACCCAUUGAAAACACUUAAAUGGGGCGUAGACACAUUACAUUCAGUUGCAUUUAAUCAAGUUGAAACAUCCUUACUCUCGUGCUGUGCCAGCGACAGAAGUAUUAUACUUUAUGACCAACGCGAAGCUCUGCCAUUGCGAAAGAUUGUUUUAACUAUGAAAAGCAAUAAACUUGCUUGGAAUCCAAUGGAAGCAUUCAAUUUCACUGUUGCAAAUGAGGAUUGCAACCUAUAUACAUUCGAUACACGCCAGCUAAAGAACCCACUCAAAAUUCACUUUGAUCACGUAUCGGCCGUCACAGAUGUGGACUAUUCGCCCACCGGCAAAGAAUUCGUUUCAGGAAGUUAUGAUAAAACAAUACGUAUAUACAACGUACAUCAAAGUCAUUCGAGAGAAAUUUACCACACAAAACGUAUGCAGCAUGUGGUUUGCAUCGCUUGGUCCCUUGAUAAUCGUUACAUAUUCUCUGGUUCUGAUGAGAUGAACAUACGCAUGUGGAAGGCAAAUGCGUCCGAAAAAUUGGGUGUAAUAAGACCACGUGAACGUGUCGCUUUCAAUUAUCAAGAGAAGUUAAAGGAGAAAUUCGCCGCACACCCACAAAUAAAGCGUAUUGCCCGGCAUCGUCAAGUGCCGAAACACGUGUUGAACGCGCAACGCAAAAUGCGUGCUAUCAAGGACAAAGAGAAGGUGAAGGAGGCGAACGUUCGCAAGCACUCCAAACCCGGAAAAGUACCGUUCGUAUCAGAAAAGAAGAAGCCGGUAUUGCGUGAAGAUGUUUAAGUGUGCUAAUUUGUGUAUAUUUUCCAUUUCGAAGUUCUUUAAUAAAAAUAAAUAAAUUAAAAAAAAUCAUACAAAUA